CGGGCUCGACUGGCUUUUCCUCUCUCUCACAACUGUGGAAAAACCCGGACGGAGGCCCGCAGUGUGUGCUGAACCUCCCGCAGGCCUCCGGCCCGGAUCCCUCCCAGCUCCCUGAAAAUGGACGGUUUCACUGGCAGCUUAGAGUCUCAUCCAUUUUCCACUGUAGAGGAGGGUGCAGAUCUGAGCGUUUCUGAUGUCAACGACCGUCUCUCGUCUCUGGAGCUCCGUGUCCAGCAGCAGGAGGAUGAAUUGACUGUGAUGAAAGCUGCCCUUGCUGAUGUUCUUCGUCGACUUGCUGCUUCUGAAGACUCUGCUGCCUUGUCAAGUAAAAAACUGCAAGGAGGGAAAGGUGGUGUUGCACUUCGUGAAGCCUACUCAAUGUCCUGCAUUGCUAAUGGAGGAACUUCUGGACGAAAAAGAGACUCCACCUCAGUCACCAGGAGGGAGACAGUGUCAUCUGCCGCCAAGAGUGGAGCUGAGAGGAAAAAAGAGGUCAGCAACAUACAGAUGGAGGAAAUCCAGGAACGCGAGGAGCCUCCUCACCAAAAGGAUCCAUCUCCUUUAUCUCCCCACCCAUCCCAAAGUCCACACACAACCCAUCAGCAGAAACCAGCCCAGUCUCUUGACAGCAGCAAAACCCAAGUUACUGCAAAAAGGGGUCUGAGUGUGAAGCGGUCGGCAGGUAUGGAGCGUUCUCAGAGCAGCAACUGGGACGGCUCAGAGGAAAACCGGAACAAACUGGUGAAAGCUGCAUCCACCUCAAAGCUGCUGGCUAAAGUGGUGAAGAACGCAGAAAGAAACAAAGACCCAGUCAUGAGUCAAGCUAAAAUAUCAACUCGAGAGAAAAACAGCCAAGCAGAUGGGAACCACAUCAAGAUGUUCAUGCGUGGACGGCCAAUUACCAUGUUUAUACCUUCAAACGUAGAGAACUACUUGGACGUUAGAACAGAACUUCCCUCAGAAAGACUCAAGUUGGAAUGGGUGUAUGGUUACCAUGGCAGAGACUGCCGAGCAAACGCCUACCUCCUUCCAACCGGUGAGGUUAUUUACUUCAUUGCCUCUGUUGUGGUCCUUUUCAACUAUGAGGAACGGACUCAGAGACAUUACCUAGGACAUACCGACUCUGUCAAGUGUUUGGCCAUCCACCCUGACAAGAUACGAAUCGCUACAGGGCAGAUUGCAGGAGUGGACAAAGACGGGCGGGCUCUGCAACCUCAUGUCCGGAUCUGGGACAGCGUUAGUCUUUCCACUCUGCAGGUCAUUGGUUUGGGCACCUUUGAGCGAGGCGUUGGCAGCCUGGCUUUCUCGAAAGCUGACUCUGGUCAGCACCUGAGUGUAAUUGACGACUGUAAUGAUCACAUGUUGACUGUGUGGGAUUGGCAGAAGAAGUUAAAACUAGCCGAAAUCAAGUCUACUAAUGAUGUGGUCCUGGCUGUGGAGUUUCACCCUACCGAUCCAAACACCAUUGUAACCUGUGGAAAGUCCCACAUCUUUUUCUGGACCUGGUCAGGGAACUCGCUGACUCGUAAACAAGGAAUCUUUGGAAAAUAUGAGAAGCCAAAGUUCAUUCAGUGUUUGGCCUUCCUCAGUACUGGAGACAUAUUGACUGGAGACUCUGGAGGAGUCCUGCUGGUCUGGACCAGGAGCUCCACAGAGACCCCUAACACUAAGGGCCCUAGAGCAUUUCAGAUCAAUCGACAGGUCAAAGGUCAUGAAGGCAGUGUUUUCUGUAUGUGUGAGAUGAGAAGUGGCACUUUGCUGACUGGAGGGGGCAAAGACAGGAAAAUCAUUCUGUGGGACCACGAGCUAAGGGCUGAGCGGGACAUUGAGGUUCCAGAUCAGUAUGGAACCAUCCGGGACUGUGUCUCAGGGGAAAGGUGAAGAGUUUUCGUUGGUACAUCUCGCAACUAUAUUUUGAGAGGAACCUUCAACGAUGGCUUUGUGGCUCUGGUCCAGGGUCACACGGACGAGUUGUGGGGUUUGGCAUCUCACCCGUCCAGACCGGUGUUUCUGACAUGUGCUCAAGACCGACUUGUAAGUCUCUGGAACUCUGUGGAUCACAGUCUGCAGUGGAGCCAUUCCCUGGAGGAACAUGGACACUGUGCCGAGUUUCAUCCCAGCGGAGCUGUGGUGACCAUUGGAACACAUUCUGGAAGGUGGUAUGUUCUGGAUGCAGAGACCAAAGAUCUUGUGGGGAUCCACACUGACGGAAAUGAGCAGCUGUCAGUAAUGCGUUUCUCUGUAGAUGGUGAUUUCCUGGCUGUUGGGUCUCAUGAUAACUUCAUUUACCUCUACACUGUCGCUGACCAGGGACGCAAGUACAGCCGAUAUGGGAAAUGCUCAGGACAUUCCAGCUACAUCACACACCUGGACUGGUCACCAGACAACAAAUUUAUCAUGUCCAACUCUGGAGACUAUGAGAUCCUGUACUGGGAUGUUCCAAAUGGAUGUAAACUGAUCCGAAAACCGGUCAGAGUGAAAGAUAUUGAGUGGGCGACGUACACCUGUGUACUGGGAUACCACGUGUUUGGCGUCUGGCCUGAGGGCUCAGAUGGCACCGACAUUAAUGCUCUCAUGAGAUCUCACAACAAGAAGGUGAUCGCUCUGGCCGAUGACUUUUGUAAAGUCCACCUGUUUGCUUACCCUUGCUCGACUGCUAAGGCUCCCAGCCAUAAAUAUAGCGCCCACAGCAGUCAUGUGACCAAUGUCAGCUUUUUGUACAACGACAGCCACCUGAUCUCAACUGGUGGGAAGGACACCAGCAUCAUGCAGUGGCGUUUUGGUUGAGAAGUCACCGCUCGGUGAUGGCCUGCUGUGCAGUGCUGCCACGCGCCGCUCAGAGCCCGUCUUCUCCCUGCCACCAGCCAAUGGGACGCAGGAACCUCCCCCACAAACCCCACCUCCCACAGAGGUAGACCCACC